AUGCGACUUAGCCACACGAUGGAAAAGAACAUCACCUAUCGGCAACGAAGGAGAAAAGAAGUCUACGACGAUUGCGUACUCAAGGACUCCUUGUCCCAAGGUGACUGGCACAUCGAGGAAGACCCAGACGUGGACUACGAGAUGCUGUUCAGAGGACUACGAGCCUGUGCUGAGCGUGACUCGAAGCCGCGCACGACAAACUGGGAUCGAAUUUCGAAGAUCACCAAGGAAUUGUUGGGAAGAAGAAGAGCUUUGAGGCUUGAUCCGAAUGCAUCGCACAUUGAGUGGCAGAAGAAGAUUCUAGAAGCAGCACAAAGAAGAACGAGUAUAAAGAAGUGCCGCAGGGAUCUCCGCAAAUAUAAUAUUCCGCUAGCAGCCUUGCUGAGCAAAGACGGAGUCUUCUCGUCCCCAAUCAUCCCCACUGGCGAAGCUCCACCACGGAUUCUCCCUUCGGAAGUACGAGUCGCUAUCAAGAGCAUGAAACCUGGCACAGCCCCCGGACCUGAUUUUAUAUCAGCAGACUUUCUUCGGGCUGGCGGCCAUCCGCUUCAUACAGUUCUUCCAGCGCUCUGUUACGCAGCGGAGACGUGGGCAGACACCGCUGCCACGUCUAGGAAGCUACUUACUACCCACAGAGCCCUUGAGAGAUGUCUCCUGAAGCUUAACCGGCGCAGACAACACCUUGCCGGUCUUCGUAGCUCCGACUUAAGAGGAAUGUCCCGUCUUCGCGACCCAGCGGAAUAUGUAUCGAAAGCAAAACAUAGAUGGGCAGGUCACAUCAUGAGAAGAAUCGACGAUAGAUGGACUAAAAGAACGCUAGAGUGGAUCCCAAGGGACGCUAAACGCCCCCAAGGGAGACCGCCAACGAGAUGGGAUGACGUGGGUGGGUGGAGCGGUGGACCAGCUGAGAGCUCAGCUGGAUACGGCUCAAGGACCUCAUCAACGUCACUCACGAAGCUUGAGAACAUCUUGGAUGACAAUGGCGAGAAAGCGAAACGAGUGGAAGAGAUGCUGGGGCCCGCACGUCCAGUGAAGACGGGCCAUCUAAGUAUCUAA